AUGGAUUGUAAAAAAAUAUGUGAAUAUUGUCUUUUAUACAUUGAAUUUAUACAAGUAUAUGCUGCCAUUCUAUUAUAUUUAAAAGCCCUUCAUGAUCAACCAAACUUAGAUAACUCUAUUGCAGUUUUUUAUCCAACUCAACCAUUAACAACGGGUUAUGAGUGGUGGUAUAAUCUUCCAUAUCUAAAAUUUUACUCAAUAGUUACUCACGAGCCAGAUGAAAGCUUGAAUUUUUCGAAAAUGACUUUAAAACCAUUCGAAAAUAUCAAUCAAGUGCCUAAAAACUUUACGACACAAUCAAUUGUACAUGUGACAUUAAUGCCAGAAGUAUUUUACCAGCGAGAAAUGAUUGUUCAAAACGGCAAAAUAAUCAGAUUAUUUUCCUUCGCCGAAGCAAAUUUUUGGUAUCCAGUCAAGAGAACUACAAGAUAUUUUGACGAGUUAGUACAUUAUGUCCAGCAUUGGACUAUGUAUGGCCAUAAUAUUCAUGAUUUUCUAUGUGCAAUGAUGUUUGUACCCAAAGAUUUAAUGGAAAAGGGGAUAGUUGUUGUCAGCCCACAUCUUUUUCAAAAAAUUACCUAUGAUAUUGCUCGAUAUCUUGAUUUGAAUAUUACAUUUGUUUCUAUUAAAGAUAAUGAGCAAUUUUUUGUAAGAAAAUUAUGGAUUGUUCAUACAUUAGAGCUUGCCCAUGGUUAUGCAAGUGGCGGCUUCCAAAAAAUACGAGAAAUUGUCUUCAAAAAAGAAGAUUAUAAAUAUAUUAUGCCAGAAAGAUACGUAGUUGCAAACCGACCGAAAAAAUCACUAAGGUGCAUCAGUGAUGCAAACUAUCUUGUUAAAAUUCUCAACGAAAACACAAUAAUUGAAAAAGGAUCCAAAUGGAUUAGAGAUGACAAGUUUUAUGAUGUUCCUUUGGCCGAAAUUAUUAAGUACUGGAUGUCAUUAAAGAUAUUAGUUACAAUACAAGGGUCUGGUAUUUAUAAUUCUAUUUUUAUGCACGAAACGACAGGAAUGGUGUUAUUAUUUUCAAAUGUAGCUGAUGGGCCAAAUAUGCAGCUAUGUAGCCAUCUUCAUAUUUUCAUGAUUGGCGUUAUUCAUCCAAAUAUGCAAUUUAGAAAUAAGAAACCACAGAUGACCAACUAUACCGAUAUGGUCACAUAUACGCAAAGAGUUGUUGAUGCAGUAUAUCACGGUUCAUGGACAAACCUUGAAGGUGUGCGAGGAUAUUACGAACCUGCUUAUCCAGUGACUAAUGUAACAUAUUUCAUACUAAAUUAUAAUGAGUAUAUAAGGCACUGGUGA